AUGGCCAACAUCACGCCGGCUAAGCUGGACAAUAUGGAGGCCCAGCAGCAGCAACAACAGCAGCAGCAACAACAGCAGCAAAACAACAAUACGCGAUGGGAAACCACAGACCACCACCACCACCACCGGCCCUGGGACGAAACCACUGCCAGUGCCAAACUCUUUGAGUGCUCACGGAUCAAAGCGUUAGCUGAUGAGCGGGAAGCUGUGCAGAAGAAGACCUUCACCAAGUGGAUCAAUUCACACCUGGCCCAAGUCUCCUGCCGGAUCGGCGACCUCUACACAGACCUUCGGGAUGGCUACAUGCUAACAAAACUUCUGGAAGUCCUCUCUGGGGAGCAGCUGCCCAAACCAACCCGUGGUCGGAUGCGGAUCCAUUCCCUGGAGAACGUGGACAAGGCGCUGCAGUUCCUGAAGGAGCAGCGGGUCCACCUGGAGAACGUCGGCUCCCAUGACAUUGUGGAUGGCAACCACCGCCUGACGCUGGGUCUCAUCUGGACCAUCAUCCUGAGGUUCCAGAUCCAGGUGAUUAAAAUUGAAACUGAAGACAACAGAGAGACUCGCUCAGCAAAGGAUGCCUUACUGCUCUGGUGCCAAAUGAAGACAGCUGGGUACCCUGAAGUGAACAUCCAAAACUUCACCACCAGCUGGCGAGAUGGACUGGCCUUCAACGCCCUCAUCCACAGGCACAGGCCAGACAUCAUUGAUUUCAAGAAGCUGACCAAGUCCAAUGCAGCCUACAACCUCCAGCAAGCCUUCAACACCGCUGAGCAGCAGCUGGGACUCAUCAAACUGCUGGACCCAGAAGAUCUUAACAUGGAGCAUCCUGAUGAAAAAUCCAUCAUCACCUAUGUGGUCUCCUUCUACCAUUACUUCUCCAAGAUGAAGGCCCUGGCAGUGGAAGGGAAGCGGAUCGGGAAGGUGCUGGAUCAGGCCCUGGAGAUCGAGAAGAUCAUCGAGCGCUACGAGUCCCUUGCUAGUGAGUUGCUGGAGUGGAUCGAGCUCACCAUCACCAUCAUCAGCAACCAGAAGUUUGCCAACUCCUUGGCCGGGGUUCAGCAGCAGCUGCAAGCCUUCACGGCCUUCUGCACCUUAGAGAAACCUGUCAAGUUUCAGGAAAAGGGGAAUUUAGAAGUCCUGCUUUUCUCCAUCCAGAGCAAGCUCCGAGCCAAUAACCACAAGCUCUACGUCCCGAAAGAAAACAAGAGUAUUUCCGACAUCAAUAAGGCAUGGACGAGGCUGGAGAAGGCUGAGCACGAGCGGGAGGUGGCCUUGCGCAACGAGCUGAUUCGGCAGGAGAAGCUGGAGCGGCUGGCCCAGAGGUUCGACCACAAAGCCGCCAUGCGGGAGACCUGGUUGAAUGAGAACCAGCGACUGGUCUCCCAGGACAACUUUGGCUACGACCUCCCUGCGGUGGAGGCUGCCAUGAAGAAGCACGAGGCCAUUGAGGCGGACAUCUCCUCCUACCAGGAGCGCAUCCAAGUGGUGGUGGAGCUGGCCCAGGAGAUGGAGUCGGAGGGCUACUAUGACAGCAAGCGCAUCAACGCCCAGAAGGACAGCGUCCUGCGCCAGUGGAACCUCUUGACGGAGCUGGUCAGCGCCCGGCGAGACCGGCUGGAGCAGAACCUGGCCUUGCAGAAGAUCUUCCAGGAAAUGGUCUACAUGAUCGACUGGAUGGAUGAAAUGCAGGCCCAGCUGGCAUCCAAGGACUUUGGGAAGCAUCUCCUGGAAGUGGAGGACUUGCUGCAGAAACACAACCUGCGGGAAGCCGACAUCUCGGCACAGAGCGAUCGCGUGCAGGCCCUCAACGUGGCAGCCCUCAAAUUCUCAGAGCUGGCAGGCUACCAGCCCUGUGACCCUCAGAUCAUCUGCAACCGGGUGAACCACGUCCAGAGCUGCCUGGAGCAGCUGCAGGAGUUGGCCUCCAAGCGGCGCAAGGAGCUGGAAGCCUCCCGCCAGCUGUGGUCCUUCUUCCAGGAGAUGGAGGAGGCCGAGGCCUGGGCCCGGGAGAAGGAGCGCAUCCUGUCCUCCUCCCAGGGCUAUGGCAAAGACCUGAACAGCGUGGCCAAGCUGCUCAGCAAGCAUAACAUCCUCCUGGGGGAGCUCGGGGGGAGGCGCUCCCUGUUGCAAACGGCCAUGAGGCGCGGGGAACAGAUCCUUCUGCAGAAGCGCUUUGGCCCCGGCAACAUCCAGGAGAAGAUCCGGGAGGUGCGGCUACGCUGGAAGAAGCUGGAGGAGCACGCGGCAUCCCAUCUGCAGAAGCUGCAGGAGGCCUCCAGCUUCCACCAGUUCAGCGCUGACACGGACGACCUGGUGGUCUGGCUGCAGGACGCUUACCGCCUGGUCUCCAGUGACGACUUUGGCCACGACGAGUACUCCACCCGGUCACUGGUCAAGAAGCACAAGGGGGUGAUGGAGGAGAUUGACAAGCACCGGGGGGCUGUCCUGGCCUUGCGGAAGCAGCUGGCCACCCUGGCCCCCGACUACCACGAACUGGUGGACGUCCAGAUCCGCAUUGUGGAGGUGGAGCAGCUCUACGGGGAGGUGGCCGAGGUGGCUGUGCUGCGGCGCCAGUGGCUGCAGGACGCCCUGGCUGUCUACCACAUGUUCAGUGAGGUCAAUGCCUGCGAAGUCUGGAUCGAUGAGAAGGAGCAGUGGCUCAAUCGGAUGGAGGUGCCUCAGAAGCUGGAGGACGUGGAGGUGGUGCAGCACCGGUUUGAAAGCCUUGACCAAGAGAUGAACAGUCUGAUGGGUCGUAUCCUGGAUGUCAACCAGAUUGUGCAGCAGCUGGUCGAUGGGGACCACCCAAGUUCCUCUGAGGUCCGAUCCUGCCAGGACCACUUGAACGGCAGGUGGAACCGGGUGGUGGAGUUGGUGGAGCAGAAGAAAGACCACCUCAAUGCCAUCCUCAAGAUCCAGAACUACCUGCUGGAGUGCAACGAGAUCAAGUCCCAGAUCCGGGAGAAGCGGAAGGCCAUCGAGUCCACCCAGUACAACAGCGGGGACCUGGGCAGCGUCCUCUCCCUCCAGCGCCGCCUCUCCACCAUGGAGGCCACGCUGGUGGUCCUGGAGCCCCGGCUGAUCGAGCUGCAGCAGGAAGGGGAGCUGCUGGCCAACACCCACCCGGCCCAGGCCAUGGAGAUCCUGAUGCAGUUUGAGGAGAUCAGUGAGGAGUGGGAAGCCUUGAAGAGGACCCUCCAGGGCUGCGAGGACUCGCUCACCGUGGCCAGCAGGUUGCAGCAGUUCAUCCAGGACCUAGACACCUUCCUGACGUGGCUGGUGAAGACGCAAGCAGCCGUGGCCUCCGAGGAGCUGCCGGGCAACCUGUCCCAGGCCGAGCGGCUGCUGAACCACCACGCCUCCCUCAAGGAGGAGAUCAACCGCUACGAAGAGGAUUACACCAAGAUCCAGGCGGUCAACGAUGUCUUGGCUCUGGAGGAAGCCGACCUGCCUUACCUGUCACUCCAGCAGUGGCUGCAGAAGCUGGACGUGGGCUGGAACAAACUGCUGGAGAUGUGGGAGAACCGCCGGGAAGUCCUGGUGCAAGCUCACAUCUUCUUCCUCUUCCUCCGUGACGCCAAACAGGCCGAGGUCUGCUUGUAUAACCAGGAAGCCACACUGGCACACGCCAAGGUGCCCACAACGGUGGAAGCUGCCGAGAAAGCCAUCAAAAAGCACAAAGACUUCAUGACCACCAUGGAUCUCAACAUGCAGAAGAUCACGAUGGCCCUCAAGGCGGGCGAGAGCCUGAUCCGUCAAGGCAACAUCUACAGCGAUCGUGUGAAGGAAAAAAUGGAGGCCCUCCAGGCAAGGAGCCAGCGUAAUGUAGAGGUAGCACAAGAGUGGAUGAGACAACUUGGUGACCACCUGGAGCUUCAGCACUUCAUCCAGAACUGCCACGAGGAGGGCCAGCAGCUGAUGGAGGAGAAGCCGGAGCUGGCAGAAACGGUGAGGAAAAAGCUGGAGGAGAUCCGGGAGUGUUGGGCUGAGUUGGAAUCCACCACCCAGGCCAAAGCGCGCCAGUUGCUGGAGGCCACCAAGGCGGACCACCUGGUCCAGAGCUUCACAGACCUCGACCGGCGGCUGAUGCACAUGGAGAGCCAGCUGCAGGCGGUGGAUGCCGGGCCGGACCUGGCCAGCGUCAACAGCAGCCUCAAGAAGCUCCAGACCAUGGAGACCCAGGUGGAGGAGUGGUCCAAGGAAGUGGGGGAGCUGCAGGCCCAGGUGGCUGCCUUGCCCCUGGAGGCCACCAGCCAAGACGCGGUCGACGAGAGGCAGCGCGUGGUGGGCACGCGCAUCGUGCGCCUCAUCGAGCCCCUCAAGGAGCGCCGGAGGAUCCUGCUGGCCUCCAAGGAGGUGCAUCAAGUCAGCCACGACCUGGAGGAUGAGAUCCUCUGGGUGCAGGACCGCCUCCCACUGGCCAUGCUGAAGGACCUCGGGAGCAACCUGCAAGCAGUCCAGCAGUUCAUGAAGAAGAACCAGAACCUGCGCCGGGAGAUCCAGGUGCACAAGCCGCGGAUGGACGACGUCUUGGAGCGGGCCACUAACAUCGCCACGAUCAAGAGCCCGGAGGUGGACGCCGUGCGGCUGCUUCUGGAGAAGCUCUCCGAGCUGUGGCUGACCCUCCAGGUGGAGACGGAGCAGCGGCAGCAGCUCCUGGACGCCACCUACCAGGUGGAGCAGUUCUACUUCGACGUGGCCGAGGUGGAGUCCUGGCUGAGCGAGCAGGAGCUGUUCAUGAUGAGCGAGGAGAAGGGAAAGGAUGAACAGAGCACCCUCCAGCUGCUUAAAAAACACCUGCUGACCGAACAGACGGUGGAGAAUUACGCAGAGACCAUCGCCCAGCUCUCCCGGCAAUGCCGAGCACUGCUGGAGCUGGGCCACCCAGACAGCGAACAGAUCAGCCGGCGGCAGUCCCAGGUCGACCGGCUCUACGUCUCCCUGAAGGACCUGGUGGAGGAACGCAAGGCGAAGCUGGAGCAGCAGUACUGGCUCCUGCAGCUCAACCGCGAAGUGGACGACCUGGAGCACUGGAUUGCUGAGAAGGAGGUGGUGGCCGGCUCGCCAGAACUGGGGCAGGACUACGAGCACGUGACGCUGCUGCAGGAGAAGUUCACGGAGUUUGCCAGCGAGACGGGCAGCGUCGGCAACGAGAGGAUCUCGGCCGUCAACCAGAUGGUGGACGAGCUGAUUGACUACGGCCACGCGGACGCCGCCACCAUCGCCGAGUGGAAAGAUGGGGUGAACGAGGCCUGGGCGGACCUGCUGGAGCUGAUGGAGACCCGGGCGCAGAUGCUGGCCGCCUCCCACGAGCUGCACCGGUUCUUCAGUGACUGCAAGGAGGUCCUCUCCCAGAUUGAGGAGAAGAAGCAGCGCUUGCCGGAGGUCACAGCUCGGGAAUCCAAGACCUCGGCCGGCAGCCUGCAAAGGAAGCUGAGCUCCUUCGAGCACGACGUCCAGGUCCUUGUGACGCAGGUGCGGCAGCUGCAAGAGGUGGCAGCCCAGCUGCGGACCGUGUACGCGGGCGAGAACGCCGAGGCCAUCGCCACCAAGGAGCAGGAGGUGAUGCGCUCCUGGAAGGAACUGCUCACCUCCUGUGAAGAUUGCCGGGUGCAGAUCACCACCACCACGGACAAGAUCCGCUUCACAAGCAUGGUGAGGGACCUGAUCUCCUGGAUGGACACCAUCAUCUGCCAGAUCGGCACUGGCGAGAAGCCCAGGGACGUCUCCACGGUGGAAGUGCUGAUGAACUACCACCAGGGGCUGAAGAGCGAGAUCGAGACGCACAACAAGAACAUUGCUUCUUGUGUGGAGCUGGGCAAGACGCUGGUGUUGAACAAGAGCCCGGCCGCGGAGGAGAUCAAGCUCCAUCUGGAGAAAUUGAUGUCCAAGAAGAAGGAGAUGCUAGACAAGUGGGACCGCCACUGGGAGUGGCUGCAGCAAAUGCUGGAGGUCCACCAGUUUGCCCAGGAAGCUGUGGUGGCCGACGCCUGGCUGACCGCCCAGGAGCCGCUGCUGAAGAGCCGGGAGCUGGGCAACAGCGUGGACGAGGUGGAGCAGCUCAUCCGGCGGCACGAAGCCUUCCGCAAGGCGGCCGCGUCCUGGGAGGAGCGCUUCAGUUCUCUGCGGAGACUCACCACGAUCGAGAAACUAAAGGCCGAGCAGAGUAAGCAGCCACCUACCCCUCUCCUGGGUCGCAAGAUCUUCGCUGACCCAGCGGAGCUGAGCAACAAGGCCUCCUCUCUCCUGCGCCAGCCCCUCUACGAGAAGGACCUGCUGCGGGGACGGCUUGAGAGCCAGCCGCUCCUCAAUGGGAUCAAACCGGAGCCCCUGGAGCGGGCAGAGGCCAAGGUGGCCUACGUGCGCCAGGAACUGAAGCCAGAGCGGCUGCAGCCCAAGAUUGACCGCCUGCAGGAUGGGGUGGUAGCAGCCGUCGAGGGCAAGGUCCAGGAAAAAGCGGGCGAGGUCAAGGCGGCCCUGGAAGAGGCGGUGGCGGUCCAGUCGGAGAGCCUGGGCCACGCCGUGGGCGCCCUGGCAACUCAGCUGGAGGCCAAGGUGAGCCGUGGAGACAGCCACGCGGAGAGGCACCGGGAGCGUUACGAGCGCAGGCCGGAGCGCCAGGAGUCCCGCGAGCAGGACGGGCCCCGGCACGAGCAGACAGAACGGCGCCGAGAGAGGCGGGAGCGACGGCUGGAGCGCCAGGAGUCCAGCGAGCAAGAGACGCCCCGUCGGGAGCGGCACGAGAGGAGGCUGGAGCGCCAGGAGUCCAGCGAGCAGGAGGCACAGCGCAACGACCCCAAGGGGGGCGGCAAGGCCACUUUGGCAGACAUUGUGGAGCAGCUCCAGGAGAAGGAGUCCACGGCACCUGCCACCACGGCGCCACCCCCAGCCACCCCUCGUGAGCGGGAGUCGCCGGCCCGCUUGCCCAACGGCCUCGACAUGCUGCCGGACGCCCCGCCAGGGGAGGCUCGCCGCUCACGCUCCGCCCCUGCCCAGAGCAGCGCGCCGCCCCCGCCGCCCCCCACGCACACCGUCCAGCAGGAGGGCUACCUCCUCCGCAAACUUGGAGGGGAGGGGCCGAACAAGAAGGCCUCGAACAGGUCCUGGAUCAACCUCUACUGUGUCCUCAGCAAAGGGGAGCUAGGCUUCUACAAGGACACCAAGGGCCGGGAAUCUGGCAGCACGCACGCCAACGAGCCCCUCGUGAGCCUGCACAGCGCCACCAGCGAGGUGGCCAACGCCUACAAGAAGAAGAAGAACGUGCUCAAGAUCAAGACCCAUGACGGGGGAGAGUUUCUCCUGCAAGCCAAGGACGAGGAGGAGAUGAAGACCUGGCUGACGGCCCUGACCACCUCCAUUGCGGAGCACGCCGAGAUCGCCCGCUGGAGCCAGGCCCUGCUCACCACCUCUUCCACCGAUGAAGGCAACCCCAAGAGGGAAGCCACCGACCGCCGGGCCAGUACCUCGGGCAGGAAGAAGUGAGGCGGCGGCCUCUCCUUCUCCUUUUCCUCCACUUCCAUGGGACCCAGAAGUUGCAAGGAAGAGCCGCCCAAAAGCCAGGGGCUCUGGGCGCCCCCCCCCAGACUUUCAUGCCCACGGGGGCUGCCCUUGACAAACCGGAGAGUCUUGCAAGGCGCAAGGAGGCCUCGGAGGGGAGGGAGGCCGUUAUCUGGCCGUGCCUAGCAGAGGAUGAUGCAGGGGAGAGAAGGGGGCACAGGUGGUCCAGAGGAGGAGGAG